ACUGAGGGUUCGCUAUGGGAAGUUGCUCGUUCGUUCUCCUGCACCCAGCCCUUCUCCCUGGUUAUUCGCAGCCGGAAUCGGAGGCGAGGAAAGGCAGGCGACGGCUGCUGCAGCGGCUGCCUCUCCUCCCCUUGGCUGCUGCACCGCUGGGCAGGUGCUGAAAGCCACCCAAACCCGAUUCCGGCGCUCUUUUCCACCUCUCCUCCUGCCGCAGUCUCUAUGGAGCAUCUGAGUUAGAUGGGCUCCUGGCCCCGGAGGCAGCGGUGGAUGUGGCGCUGGGCAGAGGCAGCUAGGGAGUGUAGCUGCCGCGGGGCAGCGGGCCACAGGCUCCUCUGCGAGCCCCCGGACCAUCCAUGGGGGCUUCUGCGGGUAGCACUGCCGCCGGCCGGCGCUGCUCCAGCUUCGCUUCUUCCUCUUCCAGCAGCAUCUCCAGCGGACCCCGAGCCGCAAUGAUCACCCGCUCCUUCUUCCUGCUUAUAUUCCUUACCACCACUCCUGCUCAGCCCAAGCAGCUGACUUCUGAACAGGAUGCCAUGAAUCUCUUUGGCACGUAUCUCCAUUUUGACUCUGCCACUGGCCACUGGCUUACCUGUGACAAGUGUCCAGCUGGAACCUUUGUGUCUGAGCACUGUACCAACACUACCCUAAGGGUAUGCAGCCGCUGCCCCCCUGGGACUUUUACCAGGCACGAGAAUGGCAUCCAGAAAUGCCAUAACUGUAGUCAACCUUGCCAACAGCCAAUGGUUGAGAAAUUACCCUGUACUGCCUUGACUGACCGGGAAUGCGCUUGCCCACCUGGCACAUUUCAGUCUAAUGGUACCUGUGUCCCCCACACGGUAUGUCCCGUGGGUUGGGGUGUACGGAAGAAAGGGACGGAGACUGAAGACGUGCGGUGCAAGCAGUGCCCUUCGGGUACCUUUUCUGAUGUGCCUUCUAGUGUGAGGAAAUGCAAAACUUACACCAACUGCCUGAGCCAGAACCUGAUGGUGGUAAAGCUGGGGACAAAGGAGACAGACAACGUCUGUGGCCCGCUCCCGACUUACCCAGGCACGCUUCCGUCUUUCCCUGACACAGCCAUCUUUGCCAGCCCUGAGCAGGUGGAAUACCAUGAAGUUCCUUCUCCCACUUACAUUCCCAAAGGUAUGAACUCAACGGGAUCCAACUCUUCUGCUUCUGCCAGACCAAAGGUACACAGUGGCAGCCAGGAAUUAGCAGCCCCCAAAAAUGCCACCUUGGCUAAGGAGAGGGGAAGUGUGAAUAAGACCUUCCCAAACCUUCAGGUUGUGAACCACCAGCAAAGUCAUCACCACCGGCAUAUCCAGUCGGUCCCCAAACCGCUGCCCCCCAUGGAAGCUGCGGGAGGGGAACGGUCCAGUACGCCCAUCAAGGCUCCCAAAAGGGGGUCCCCUAGGCAGAACCUGCACAAACAUUUUGACAUCAAUGAGCACUUGCCUUGGAUGAUUGUCCUCUUCCUCCUGCUGGUGCUUGUGGUGAUUGUGGUGUGCAGCAUUCGGAAGAGCUCAAGGACUCUAAAGAAAGGUCCCCGGCAGGAUCCCAGUGCCAUUGUGGAGAAGGCUGGUUUGAAGAAAUCCUUAACUCCCACGCAGAACAGGGAGAAGUGGGUUUACUACUGCAAUGGGCAUGGUAUUGACAUUUUGAAGCUGGUGGCAGCCCAAGUGGGAAGCCAGUGGAAGGACAUCUAUCAGUUUCUGUGCAAUGCCAGUGAGCGGGAGGUGGCUGCAUUUUCCAAUGGAUACACAGCAGAUCAUGAAAGGGCCUAUGCAGCCCUGCAGCAUUGGACCAUACGGGGCCCUGAAGCCAGUCUUGCCCAGUUAAUCAGUGCUCUGCGCCAGCACCGGAGGAAUGACGUUGUGGAGAAAAUUCGAGGUCUCAUGGAAGACACAGCUCAGCUGGAAGCUGACAAGCUGGCCCUUCCAUCAAGUCCCACCCCACUGAGUCCCAGCCCUAUCCCUAGCCCCAACCCGAAGUCUGAGAAUGCCACUGUCCUGACUGUGGAACCAUCUCCUAUGGAUAAGAAUAAGGGCUUCUUCGUGGAUGAGUCAGAACCCCUUCUCCGUUGUGAUUCCACAUCCAGUGGCUCUUCUGCUCUGAGCAGGAAUGGCUCUUUUAUUACCAAAGAAAAGAAAGACACAGUGUUGCGGCAGGUACGCUUGGACCCUUGUGACUUGCAGCCAAUCUUUGAUGACAUGCUCCAUAUCCUAAAUCCAGAGGAACUGCAUGUGAUUGAGGAAAUUCCCCAGGCAGAGGACAAGCUGGACAGGCUGUUUGAGAUUAUUGGAGUCAAGAGCCAGGAAGCCAGCCAGACACUCCUGGACUCCGUUUAUAGCCAUCUUCCCGACCUAUUGUAGGACACUGAGGACAAUGCACUCUGGAUUAUUGCUUAGGGCACUUGGUAAAGAUGAUGGACAGCUAGGAGACAAGAUCCUUUUUUAAAAACUACAAUACAGGGCCAGUGUUUUAAGUUCUUUACUUUUAAUUCUCCUUCUUGAGAAAGGACAAGUUCAUAUACCCUUUCCAGUUGUAACUGCCAAUGCAGUUUUUUAUUUUAUUUCAUCUUUUCUCUAUUUAGCAUUUUUAUAUUCCUUCCAAUCAUUCUGUGCACUUUAAAUUCACUUAACCAUAAAUAUGAUGUGACCUUUCUUCUCUGCCCCUGCACACUAAUUUGGGAUGUUAAACCUUUUGUUUGUUUGUUUUAAAUCUAUGGUCACAUUUUUCUCAAUUAGAAGCGUCAUUGUCUUUCUCCUUCUCCUCUUCCCUUAAAAUUUUUCUUUUAUAUCAAUAAUUAUUUUUUUCUCUGGGACAAAGGAACUUAGAAGCUCAAUACCCAGUCACACUCUUGUGACCUGUUUUUACUUGAGUUAACUUUUUUAAAAUAUGUCCUGUUAUAUAAUUUGUAUACAUGACUGAUGUUUGAUUAGCAUUCUCACGGUAUUUGCCUGGACAAUAAAUAGAAUGUUCGGUUUACUCAUACUCCUUUUAAGUGGAAGCUUUCAUGGGGAACGAAUCUUUCCUUUGGCCUUUAGGACUUGCAAAUUCAGUUGUGUGGCAUCCCAGCCAAAAAGGGGAGAGUUUUAACCUCUCCUAUUCUGGACUGAGCAGUCACGCAGUGUUGAUGCUGCACUCCGGGAAGUAGGGCCUGGAGCCCCAUCAGGACCCCUCCCUUUUCCAUAGUCCAAGUUUGCCCAGUUACGCUUUACAAGUUGUCUUGGUUUUUUAUACCUGCAUAGCCAGUAGUUCCAGUGGGUCCUCACAACCUUGCUUGGUCCUGGUGUUAUCUGCCAUCAUGCAAUCACUUUUCUUAAAAUGGCUGCAACUGUAAGAACUCUUGUUCGAUAUAUUUCUAACACUUAAGCUCCCGUUAUGAACACACACACAUGCACAUGUGCAUAUACACGCACACACAGAGUCUGUUAAUGCUCAGUUGCAAGAAUUGAAUGUGAAGGUGGUCUAAGCCACUUUGGUGUGGAAGGAGUGGUGGGAUGGUGGUGGUGGUGGUAAGGGACUGAUGUGGAAAAUAAAAUGCCUUCAAGUGUACUAAUUUAUUAAUAAAUAUUAGGUGUUUGUUACUUGACUUGUUUUGGGUGUGUUAAUCCUUAAUUCUAACAAUUAGAGCUUUCUACCCUUGGGAGGUAGUAAUGGUCCUCCCAGCAUAGUGGUGAGAGCUCUGAGCCACGAGUCAGAAAGACCUGAGUUCAAAUACAGUCUCAGAUACUUAAUAGUUGUAUAACUCUGGGAAAGUCACUUAAUCUCUGUCUGCCUCAGUUUCCUUAAUGGUAAAAUGGAGAUCAUAAUAACACCUACCUCUCAGGGCUAUUAUGACAUUCCAACGAUACAAUAUUUGUAAAGUGCUUAGCACAAUGCCAGACACAUGGUAGGCUCUUAAUUAAUGCUUGUUCCCUUUUUUGUAUUCACUAGAGGUAUAAAAGCAAAGGCUAAAUAGCCAUUAUGUUUGGGUAUUAUCACAUAAGUAUAGUUUCUGAGUAUUUUCAGAAGUUUUCUGCCCCUGAAGUUGCUUCAGAGGAGUGUGUUUGGGAACAAAUGGAAAUGGGAUCUGAAGAAAUAUUGGCAAAAUGAAGUACUUGUACUUGAGUUAUAUUUUUUAUGUCUCACUGGACACAAUGGGAUUCAUUGAAAUCGGUACUGGAUUUGAAGUCAGGCUUAUUCAUGACACAUUGUAGGUACUUUAUAAAUGUCUGUUAAUUGAUAGAUUUGAGUUCAAUCCCAGCUUCGUCACUUGCUGUUUGUCGAACUUUGGGUAAGUUAUUUAAAUCCACUUGGCCUCAGUUUGCUCUCCUGUAAAAUGACUGGAUUGGCCUCAGUGAUCCCUAAGAUCCUUUCCAGCAGUAGAUUGCUGAUUUUUAUUGAUGAACUUAGAUUAUACCACUCAAGCACAUUUUUGGAACCCCAUAUGACCAGAAGCAUCUGGCAAUGAAGAAGCUCACAAAGCAUAUUGUAGAGGCAUUUUACAAGCUCUCUAGAACUAACCUGGUUAAUCCCUUAAGUACCCAAUUUGGAAAUCUUCAGUGUAACCAGAUGUUUCUCCCUUAACCUUUCAGUCUCUGAGUCUCUGAGAUUUCAUUAAGGCUAAAGAAAGGCCUGGAAGAGGUUGAAGGGGGAAAAAGGAGUAUUUUAGUUUGGUCUAUUUUUUACACACUCUUACUUAGUGACCUCAUCGCUUCUUACAGGUUUACUAUGUUAAUGACUUUCAGAUCUAUAUAUCCAAAUACAACUUCAUCCUGAGCUCCAGUCCAACAUAACCUAUUGGAUAUUGUGAAUUAUGUACUGUAGAUAUCUCCAACUUGGCCUCCAAAACUGAACUCAUUGUCUUUUGUGCCCAAACACAUCCCUUGUCUAAACUACCCCAUAGCUACCAAAGACACUACCACAUUCCCCAGGUAUUCAGAAUACUAGUAUUUUAAUCAUGAUGUCAUCCUCAACUCUUCACUCAAACUAUAUAUUUAAUAAGUUGCCACAUUUUGUUGAUUUUCUUUUACAACAUAUUUUUGUGUCCAUCACCUUAUUUCCAUUUCUAUGCCUAGUUCAUGUCAUUUAUUACCUCUUACCUGUCUUGUUACAGUGGCCUAAUUGAUCUCCUUGCUUCAGCUCUCUCCCUUUUCUAAUCUAAAGUCCACACAGUUGGUAAAGUGAUUUUCCUAAAGCACAGGUCUGACCAUUUCACUCACCUCUUGUUCAAUUCCAGUAACUCUCUAACCUCUAGGAUUAAAUAUGCACUUUGGCUCUUAAAGUUUUUUCACAAUCUACUCCCAAACUACUUUUCCAGCCUUAUAACAUAAUACUCCCCUCCACAUACUUUACAGCCUAGUCAAACUGGAUUUGUUGCUAUUACUCCCUCUUGACCUCCACUUCCCAUCUCUGUGCCUUUACAUUGGUGUCCCCCCAUGCUUGAAAUGUAUUCCCUCUUUACCUUCUGGAAUUCCUAAUUUCCUCCAAAGCCAGAUGAAGCCCUAUCUUCUGCAUGAAGCCUUUUCUGAUUCCCUCAGCUGUGAGUGCCUUCCCCAUCAAAAUUACCUUGUAUUUGUUUCAUAUGUACUUAUAUAUGCAUGUUAUUUCUUCCAUUAGAAUGUAAGCUUCUUUGAAGGCAGGGACUUCUAUUUUUGUCAUUGUAACUUCAGUGCCUAGCACAGUAGCUGGCAUAUAUUAGGCACUUAAUAAAUGCUUGUUGAUUGAUUCA